AUGCUUUUGCUGCUUUCAUUUCUCUGGAUUUACCCGAUUUUUGCCCAACUACCAAAUUGUUAUGAAAAUGCGAAACUGAACGAUACGGCCUGGGUGAUCCCGUUCACGAUACAAAAAAAUGGCUUCAAAUGUCAAGGAGAGAUGCUAAAUCAACCGGUGAUUUUUGUCGGAUCGGCAAGGGAAUCGCUAGAAUUGGUGAAGAUCGAGGUAAAAGUGAGUGAAGAAAAGGGAAAUCUUCAAGUGAUUGCAUCGAAUGGAAGAGACACACAAGUCUUCGCUUUACCCGAUGGGAAUGCAAAUUUGAUCGACGGUCGAGUGCUGCAACCACUGUUGGAUGAAGAUUUCAAUGCGGAAAAAGCACCGAAUAUCUCGAUUAUUUUAAUGGCUCGUCCCGGCUUCUCCACGAAAUUUCACCUCGACGUGCACCGAAUUGCCCGACCUCAGUACAAUAUUGAACUCUCCAACAAGUCCCCACUCAGCCUACAAUGGUCAUUCAAAGCUCUCACUCCGUCGAAUUACAUGGAACAUCGAGUUGUUGUCGUUGAGAAAAAGCCAACCUCUCUUAUCCGAAUCCUCGUCAAUUCGAGUGAUGAAGUUUGCAUGAGAGUCAUGCUUCUCGAGGAGUCGACUGCUUUAAUGCACAACUCUUUGCUGGCGAAACACGAUCAACAAAUCGGAUCGUUUACUAAGAAAUUCUCAUUGGAUUACAAGCCGAAAAACGACGAGCCGUUGAUCCUUCGAUAUCUGGUUGAUGAAAACGAUGAGCAUUGUGCCACAAAAUGGGAUAGCCCGAAAAAACGCUCGAAAAAGAUCGAAAUCUCGUAUCAGUUGAUCGACGAAACACCGUUUUCUCGACCGAUCGCCGCACUUUUCGGCUUCUCAAUUUUUCUGAUGAUUCUGCCGAUUUUACCGGUGGCUGGGCAACAGCUCGUGCGCUAUUUGACGAAAACGAGGGAACCACAAGAAAUGAUAAACCGUGAAGAAGCGAUCCCCAUGGAAUCGAUCGACGCAGACGACGCGUUGAUUGAAUGGAGAAUUAUACAAAGGAACAACGAUGACAAUGCGAAUCUUCAGCUUUUGGAACUCAAUUCAGCAGAUCAAAUUGGGCUCAACGAGGAACCAGAAUAUGCACUCAUUCGUGAUGAGACAGACGGUAACCGAUCAUCGAAUCGAAUCCCACUCGAGAAUUUCCAAUUCGCUUUCUUUUUGAUGCCGAUCAUCGUCCAAAUAGCUAUCUCGUACUUUCAGCAACCAACCCCCUCUCUUGAUCACUGCUUUCACAAUUUCGGGUGCGCAAAGAAAUGGGGGAAUAUCGAGAGCUUCAAUCAUGUCAUUUCGAAUGCACCUUACGCAUUCGCCGGCUUCUUCUACCUGUCAUUCGUCAAGAUCCACUCAAAAUGGCGACAAGGACAGGAUUCCCAGUCACCAAUGGGCGUUUUCCAAAAUGUCCACCUGGAAUGGUCGAUGGGUUUGGCGUUGAUUUGUGAGGCGAUCGCGAGUGGGGUCUAUCAUUUGUGUCCAUCAAAGAGCACGUAUAAAUUUGAUACUCCAUUCAUCGUGAUCGUUUGCGUGUUGGGAUGGGUGAAAUUAUAUGGAUCGAGACACGGGACUCCAUCAAACACGAAAGCUCAUCUCUUUGUCGCCAUCGCUCUCUUCGUCGACUUUUGUGUCUCGCAACUCGCCGAACACCAAUGGACAUGGCCAUUCCAAGCGAUCGUUCUCGUCAUUUCCCUCCUCUUUGGCCUCUUCAAAGUGUAUACGGGGAAACACUUUUUGGAAAGACCGAUACGUCCGGAUUUCUUCCGUCGUCUCACUAUCAAUUACCAAGGGAGAAUUCUCCUGUUCGUCGCUUCGAUCAACGUUUUGUUGGCCGUGAUCUACUUCUUCUUUCACACUUAUCUCCACGCGAACAAAUUGGUCGUCUUUUUCGUCGUCCUGAACUUGUUUUUCUAUUUGGGAUACUAUCUGCUCAAUAAGCGUCACUCUAAGGAGAAACUCUCGAAAAUCACGAAAAUCUCUCUGUUAAUGGCCGUGAUUUGCUGGACAUUCGCGCUUUUCGCCUUCACGAGAGAGGAAUCCGAUUGGACGCUCUCCCCGGCGAAAUCUCGUGAACUGAACUCUCAAUGCAUUAUGCUGGAUUUCUUCGAUUAUCACGAUCUCUGGCAUUUCCUAUCCGCCUUGGCCUCCGUUUUCUCACUUAUUUCGAUCUCAACAAUCGACGAUUCAACAUCGGCGAUUCCAAGAGAACGAUUACACGUCUUC